UAAUUAAUAUUUAAUCUCUAUCCUUCUAUUUAUGACCUGUGGCUGUGAUCAUAAUACAUACAUUCCCAAUUCUCAUUGAAAAAUCUCUCAAAUUUGUUUAGAAUAUACAAAGCUUAAGAUAUAUUAUUAUCAAUAAAUUAACAAUGUCUUGGCAAACAUACAUUGAUGAACAUUUGAUGUGCCAAAUUGAAGAAACUGGCAAUCAUCUUAAUUCAGCUGCAAUUAUUGGCUCUGAAGAUGGUACCGUUUGGGCUCAAAGCUCCUCUUUCCCGCAGUUUAAACAAGAAGAGAUAACGGCUAUAUUAAAGGAAUUCGAAGAACCGAAUACCUUGGCCCCUACUGGUCUUUAUCUCGGAGGUGAAAAAUACAUGGUUAUUGCCGGAGAACAUGGUGCUGUUAUUCGUGGAAAGAAGGGACCUGGAGGAGUUUGUAUUAAAAAGACAAACCAAGCUCUGGUGUUCGGAAUCUACAACGAGCCAGUGACUCCAGGACAGUGCAACAUGGUUGUUGAGAGGUUGGGUGACUACCUUAUUGAACAGGGCAUUUAGGCUCAACACACUAUUUAUUACUUAUACAUUUUAAGGACACUGAACUUAGGAUUCUUUUGGGAUACUUUUAUUAUUCUCUUGUUUAUUUGAUUACUUUUUAUGUGUUAUACUUCAUUAUUUAAGCGUGGAGCUUUGGUGCAAACGAUAAAUGUGUGGAAAACGUACUCAUUCAAUUUGUGUAUACCAUUGCCUAUGAGCAUGGUUAUUUAUUUAUAUGUUGUUUUCUUGUGACAUUAUAAUUUUUUUUGAAUGUCAUUCUCAAUUUUUUUUUUAGUGAAAAUCAAGCCUAACUUAUUGUAUAA